ACAAGUACAGGACGACUUUAUUUCAGGGUAAUAAACGCACACUUUUUACACCGUCUUAUCGCAUUUCUCAAUUGCGGAGUGGGCGUGGUCCGGAGUGACUUGCCUUGCAGCCCAGUAAAUUCACGUGAUAUUUCCUUGGUAAGCGCCGCGCGCCGCAGUAUGGCAGCAGUGGCGUUAACACGGUGCCGAAGAAGAGCUUUUCAGGCUUUGGGUUAUGGAGCAGUGCGGCUUCUUUCACCUACAUGUCUCCAGGGAGUCCGACAGAAGUCCAGUACGAUCCAGUAUGUUUCCCGGCCGGACCUCUCGAAGCUGGCCUAUCGCAAAGAGAAAAGAAACAGUCCCGGUGUGAUGUUCCUGCCUGGUUACGGCUCUAACAUGAACGAACCAAAAGCUGAAGUUUUAGACGACUUCUGCAGGGCGUUAGGUUUUUCAUAUCUCAGGUUUGAUUAUUCCGGUCAUGGAGCAUCAGAAGGAGUUUUCUCUGAGGGAACGAUUGGAAGCUGGAAGAAGGACGUUCUUUUUAUGUUGGAUGAAGUUGCAGAAGGGCCUCAGAUUCUGGUUGGCUCCGGCAUGGGCGGCUGGUUAAUGCUGCUCGCCGCUAAUGCUCGCCCCAAGAAGACUAGCGGUCUCUUGGGCAUUUCAACAGCAGCUGAUCAUUUUCUCACAGCAUUUAAAUCACUUCCUUUGCAGAAAAGAAAGGAAGUAGAAGACCAGGGCGUGUGGACGAUCCCGACCAAAAGCAACAAUGAAGGCAUGUACACUGUUAGCAUGGACUUGCUGAAGGAAGCAGAAAACCACCGUUUGCUGAACGGCCCCAUCCCCAUCACCUGCCCCGUACGUCUCAUCCACGGGAUGAAGGAUGAGGAUGUGCCGUGGCACGUCUCCAUGCAGGUGGCAGAGCGCCUGCUGAGCAAGGACGUGGACAUCAUCCUCCGGCGCCUCGGGCAGCAUCGCAUGGCCGACAAAGAUGACAUCAGUCUCAUGGUGUUCACCCUCGAUGACCUCAUCAGCACACUGACCUACAUGGACUGGCAGCCAGGAUGGAAACAGCUGGAACCCCAUUUUUAAACAACUAUAUUGUUUUUAAACAACUAUAUUGCAAUCUUGUAUAAACUUAUAAAACAACAACAAACAACUACUCAAUUUACUACAUUUGUUACAAACUAUUAAAAACUAUUAAAUUAUAAACCACCAACUUUCAAUAAAAAACAAUUAUUUACCUUCAAUUUCUAUUUCAAUCUGAGCAGGCUGUCCUGAACUGCUCACACCUUUCUGUUUUCUCUUUUUUUAUUAUUAUUAAUAUUUUUUUCCUCUUACCCUGCUGUCUCCACGUGCAUUGAAGCUCCUCAGUGGCGAUCCAUCCCUAGGACCUCUGUCAGCCACUAUACUAAAUAAUUUAAACUAUUUGUAGUAUAUGCAGUGGGUGGUACUAGUGGGUAUGCCCACAGACGUACUGCGCAUGCACCACCUGUUCAUGUUGAAGUUCGUGUGUACUGAUUAAAGUGAGGAGUCUAUGACUAAACUCUGUUGUGUGUGCAUUAUUGCUAAUGAGACAAACAAAGCAUACAACACAUAUAAUGUUUAAAUUGUCAUUUUCUUUACUGUAACAAAACUGCAGAAUCUCCAUCAACAAAUUGUAAAUAAAAUAAAUUACAAAGUAAUGAA